AUGUAUCUGCUAAAGGAACACAGUUAUAAAAUUUCCAAUAUAAUUUAAAACUUCAAUUUGUAUUGAUUUUGGUCAAUAUUUUUAGUGUUAAGAGAAAAACAAACUUCUCGAAAGCCAUUUAUUUGUAGUCCUCGAGUUCGAUUAUUUACAUACAUAUGUAUGUAUGUAAAUACAUGUUUCUUACACGGAUUACACAAAUGGUAUCAACCAAUAAAAAUAACAAGCAAGUGAAUUUAUUAAUCCAUAACAAAGAAAACUGAAAAUAAUUAAACUAAAAAAACUUAAAAUUGAUUAAAAGUUUAUUUGCUCCAAGCUGCAAGGUGUUUACUAACCAACGCGUACUCAAGUAUUAAGAAACAAAAACACAUUUGAAGGGGAAUUAUAAACAUAGAACAUCCGGAAACCAUGCUCAGAAUAUCCAAGUCUUAUCCUGUCUGGGGAAAACAUAUAUUGGAGACAUAUCAAUCAAGAAACAUUAAGAUACCGCAAGAGUGUAUAAGAUCGAACUCUUUUUAAAUCGUUUUUUGAGCCAAUUGCUGGAUUCUGUUAAAUAUGCUAAUAAGUUAUUGAAGCAGUGUUAAAUAGGAGCUACAAGUUAUAAAAUUUUCAACUGCUUGCUUGAUCAUCAUGAAGCUACUAGAAAGUUCUCGUUUUGAGGCCAUCAACAAUGCACUUUCUAUACAUACAAGCGGCAUCACAAUCUUUGGACGUAUCGAAAGCUACUCCUGCAAAAUGGUUGCAGCAGACAAGGCUUUAUACAAGCGGUUUACGGCUGAAACCCAUGGGCACGAUCUUCAGGCUCUAUCGCCCCCGCAAACACUAGCCGACUUCUCACCUAAUUUUUGUCGCAACAACAGCCACUCGGGCGAUGAGGGCAUCAUUUUGUGCGACACUAUUUCACGCAAGACUCUGUUUUACUUAAUUGCCACUCUAAACGCUUCAUUUGAGCCAGACUAUGAUUUUUCGGAUGCGAAGUCACAUGAGUUCAGCAAAGAGCCGUCUUUGCAAUGGGUCAUGAACUCCAUUCAUUCAAAUCUAUCAGCAUUAGCGGGAGAUCAGUAUCAAGUCUUGCGCCAGCCGCUGUGGUCUGCCGUUGACGAUGAAGUGAACUUAUCGGAAUGCGACAUAUAUAGCUACAACCCAGAUUUAAGUUCUGACCCAUUCGGAGAACCUGGUUGUUUGUGGUCUUUCAAUUAUUUUUUUUAUAACAAAAAGCUAAAACGUAUUGUAUUUUUUACAAGUCGAGCCGUAAACUCCCUUUACGCUGGAGAAACGUCGGACUUUUCAAUGGAAGAGGAUGUUUAUUGAGGAAGUUCAGCACAAUUAAUGUUUCAUCGCCAUUUCGUCUUUUCCCAGAACAUGUUCAUUGAUUAAUAGAUCUUAUAUAUGUAUGUACAAAAAGGCAGGGAGCGUUAAAAUGUUAAAUUUUUGGAACAUUAAGUGUACGUUAUGCUGGGAGUACGUAACGAAAGCGGAAUAAUAAUGAAAAACAAAAAUGUAGAGAUUUAAACACUUUAUAAAUAUUAAUAAUAAUACUUUAUUCAAAAAUAAUAUAGAUAAUUUAAAAAGUA